AUGAGCAAAUUCAUGAAACCCAGGAAACUGGUGGCGGUCCUGGCUGGAUGCUCCUCCAGAUGCAAAGCCGUCAUCAGUACUGAUGAUGGCACCUCAGACCACCCUUACAGCCAUGCCCUGGUGGCUGGAAUUGACUGGUUUCCCCUAAAAGUGACAGCUUCCAUGGACAAGAAGCAAAUUGCCAAGAGAUCCAAGAUCAAGUCCUUUGUGAAAGUUUGUAACUACAACCACUUCAUGCCCACAAGGCACUCUGUGGCUAUCUCCUUGGACGAGACUGUUGUCAACAAGGAUAUGUUUAGAGAUCCAGCUUUAAAAUGCAAGGGCAGGCAGAAGCCCAAGGUCAAGUUUGAGGAGCCAUACAAGACAAAGAAGAACAAAUGGUUUUUCCAGAAGCUUUGCUUUUAG